AUGGCCAAGAAGUCGAGUUUCAGGGUUCGGUUCCGACAUGGUGUAUACCCAAAUCUGGAGAGCCAAGCAACUAGGGAAGAUAUCAAGAAGUACGAUUAUUUCUUUGGCAGUGAGCAAACCUGGGUCCAGACUCCAGGGAAAGUUGAUUUUGUGAAUGAUCCCAUUCAGAAUGGCAGUGGUGGUGAGGGUGUCGACAGUCCAAUCUUCGUUGGAGGUCGCAAGACUACUACACGGCGUGUAAACCGCUCCAGAAGCACACGUAUAAGACGUGAUUCUGCCCUACGAUUGCGGUCCAUACAGGGUGACAAUCUCCGGGCAACAGGAGAUUAUUUUGAUGACGGAAUAGAAGAUUCGACACCCACAGGUCCCGAUGUCUAUUGGCCAAGUCGUAUCGUAGUAAACGGGUUUCCUUACAAAAAUUCCGGGCCAGAAUCAGUUUCUAGCCUCGAUGAUAUCGUGCCCUCAUCGUGGCAAGACGAACUGCCAUCUCAGCUCGUAUGCGAUUCCAUAAAGAUUGAACAUCCUUUGGCAUGGCCACUUGCAGAUCCCAUCGAAGGCCGUCUCCUCCGCUUCUGGGUAGACGAAGCAGCCAGAUGGUGGGACUCAACGAGCUCGAACAGAAUAUUCAGGCAAGUGGUUCCGGCAUUGGCGAUGCAAAACUCUAUGUUGCUUAAUGCCAUCCUCAUGUACUCUGCGCAACAUAUCCAACGCUUCCAUAUCAACUUUCCAGCGAACCCAUAUUUCUACCAUGAGCGUUUGUUGCAGCAUCUCAUACCUCAUCUGGCAGAAAAAGGCAGGAUUGAAGACGAUGCGACACUUUUUGCGGCAAUGCUACUUAGAGCAUUUGAAGAAUUCCAAGGCACUCAAGAGCAGAUGCACCUUUCUACCUACGAAUUGUUUCAAGGACCUGGAGGCUGGCUGUUCGAUAUGUCAAAUCCUCUGGUACAAGCCUGCUUGAUGAUGCACGUUCGAUUUGACAUUGAUCAUGCGCUCCUGAACCGGCCAAGCUUGCACAUCGAUUACAGCGAAGAUAUUCUCGAUAUACCGACAUCGCAGUCUGAUAAUGCUUGUUGGGAGAAUCGUAUAAUUUGGCUGACCGCACGCAUCUUACAGUGGAUAGGAAAAAAGACGUGCUCAGUAAGCGAAUGGCAUGAGCUAAGAGCUUUGGUGCACGAGUGGGAAUCGACCAGUCCAAAAAGCUUCAAUGCACUCUCACAUGAUCGCAAUCCCGAGAAUCCAAGAGACAGCCCUGGAUUGUGGAUAUCGGGUCCGUGCCAUGCUGCUGCCAAUGUGUAUUUGCAGAUUUGUCACAUGGCGCUCGUUACGCAUGUUCCCGCUGGAAACUAUGGCGGCAUCUUUGUAUCCAAUCCCGUACUAAACGUUCGAUAUGAGAUUUUGAAAGGGCUGAAAGAGAUGAUUGCAAGCGCUCGAUGUGACGCAUAUGCUGUAUCAACAACAUCAGUGGCGGUUCGCGCCAUACACAGAUUUGCUGUGAUAUUGAGUGAUGAUUGUGAUUGGCAGAAAAUAGUAGAAUUCCUUGAAGAGGUCGAUGCUACGGGGUGCUGGCCUACCAAAUCCUCGAUAAGCUGGGUGUGGCAACAAUGGCGGCAGCUAACAUAG